GAAGUGCUUUGGAAAAGGCGGGAAAUAAUGUUUUCAUGGCUUAUGUGACAUUCGUAUGAUGAUCUGUGACUUGAUAUUUUCUGAUUUCAGCAUGUAAAGUGAGAAAGUGUAGUUGUUACUUCCUUACUGCACAAUAUGGAAAUUGACAGUGAUAUAUCCUCUGGCGAGGAGGAAACUUUGACAGCUGGGGAAGUGCUCCAAAUCUUAGAAGAAUCUUGGCUGAACGAAAAGUUUAGUCCAGAAAUUUUACCACACCGAAACGAAAUGGUUGAGUGUAUGCUGGAACAAAUUAAUCAGAUGGAAGAAAAUUUGAAUAAACUUAAAAAAGGUGAUUUUCGUGUUAUAGUUCAUCAAAUGGAGCUAGAUAGGAUACGCUUCAUCAUCACUAGCUAUCUAAGGAUACGUUUAUCAAAAAUUGAGGAAUUUACCGUCCACAUUUUGAGUGAGGAAACUAGGCGGGAUCAUGCAUCUAAAUAUUUGUCACCAGGUGAAUACAAGUUCGCUACCGAAUAUGUUCGCCACAUGGAAAACCAUUUUCAUCUGCUAGCCUUUCGUCACAUGCCCGGAAAUUUUCAAGAAUUCAAUAAAUCUAAGAUGGUUGUUGUCCCCAAUGUGUCAAGUCAUGUAUUCAUUCGUGCUAAAGAGAACAUUGCAACAGUAGUAAUAGAUGACGAAGAAAUAGAUCUGGAAGAAAACAGUCAGCAUAUCCUGCCGUAUUCAUCAGUGAUGGAAUUUGUUCGGAGUGGGUCAGUCCAGCUCAUUUGAGGACCAAAACUGUGCGCUGCUGGUGUUAUUGCAGUGUGCAACUUCAGCCCAUUAAGUUACAGUGCCUAUGGACCGAAACUCUAAGCUAGGCCUAAUAUGAUUUAGAUGUGUGCAUUGAAGUUAAGUAAUAUCAUGGUAGUUGUGCUUUGUCAUGUGUCAAAGUAAGUCGCAGAUAGCAGGUAUUGACUCUUUUUUUAAAGAUCAGACAUUUUACAAACCAUCAAUCUACAAUAGUUUUGAACACACAAGAAUAAAAUUAUCUAUUUGAUUAAAUUAAUCACCAA